CAGAGGUUUGCACAUCCUUCGAAACAUGAAGAUGGGUCUGUAAGGUUCUUGGUGGUGGGUGACUGGGGAAGAGGAGGUGCUUACAACCAAUCUCAAGUUGCUUUCCAGAUGGGAAAGGCCGCAGACAAGCUUGAGAUUGACUUUGUUGUGUCCACCGGCGACAAUUUCUACGACGAUGGACUCACCAGCCACCACGACCCUGCCUUCCAACAAUCUUUCACUAAUAUCUACACAGCAAAGAGUCUUCAAACGCAAUGGUAUACCGUGCUGGGAAACCAUGACUAUAGGGGCGAUGCAAUGGCCCAGUUGAGCCCAUUCCUGAGGGAGGUCGAUAGUAGAUGGCUUUGUUUAAGGUCUUUUAUCGUACAUUCAGAGUUAGUUGAGAUUUUCUUUGUAGACACCACUCCAUUCGUUCAAGAGUACUUCACUGAACCCGAGGGACACACCUAUGAUUGGCGGGGCAUUAAUCCACCAAAAUCUUAUAUUUCCAACUUGCUCAAGGAUCUAGAACAGGCAUUAAGCAUAUCAACAGCAAAAUGGAAGAUCGUUGUUGGUCAUCACGCAAUCAGUAGUGUUGGACAUCACGGUGAUACUCCAGAACUUAGAAAGCAGCUUCUCCCACUUCUUCAGGCAAAUGACGUUGACUUUUACAUGAAUGGACAUGAUCAUUGUCUAGAACACAUAAGUGAUACAGAAAGCCCUAUCCAAUUCCUAACUAGCGGGGCAGGAUCAAAGGCUUGGAGAGGAGACGUCAAAGAAACACACAAAAGAGGCGUAAAUUUCUUCUAUGACGGACAAGGCUUCAUGUCUGUCAAAUUGACUCAGACAGAUGCUGACAUUGAGUUCUAUGAUGUUUAUGGCGAGAUUUUGCACAGAUUUACUUCGUCAAAGGAUUUAUAUUCUUCCAUGUAACGUUUAGAGCUCCAUGGUAGCCAUUUAGAAUUUUAGAUGGGUAACACCCCGGCAAAGUAGUAGGUGAUAUUUUAGGAUUCAGUUCUUCAUGUCAUAUCUGAUGAACGUUUAGUGUGUUUAAUCUUGGGAUUGAAAA